AUGCAAUGUUCGCAGCUGGGAGAAAAGGAGGACGGCAUGGAGAUGAACCUGACGCGCCGGACGAAGACGCCGGCGGACGAGUUCUUUCACAACGGCAUCCUGGAGAUGUCGGGCAGCAUCGCGGAGCCCGGGGGGCUGGUGUGGCCGUUGGUGCUGUGCGACGCGCUCUCCUGGAUCGCGCUCUUCCUGUGCAUCAUGAACGGCGUCAAGUCGGUGGGCAAGGUGGUGUACUUCACCGCCACUUUCCCGUUCGUCAUCCUGUUCGUGCUGCUGGUGCGCGGCGUCACGCUGCCCGGCGCCGUCGACGGCAUCCUCUUCUACAUUUCCCCGCAGUGGGAGCAGCUCACCAACCUCAAGGUUUGGGCAGAUGCUGCUAUCCAAAUUUUUUUCUCACUGGGACCUGGAUGGGGAGGAAUCGUGAACAUGGCAAGUUACAAUGAAUUCAAGAAUGACAACAAGUGGGAUUCGGUGUUGGUGCCGGUGAUGAACUGCGGGACAAGUAUAUUCGCCGGCUUUGUCGUCUUCUCCGUUCUCGGAUUCAUGUCCCACCAAACUGGAGUUCCCGUUUCGACAGUGGCCACCGGAGGUCCUGGAUUGGCAUUUGUAACUUAUCCAGAGGCAAUCACAAUGCUACCAUGGCCUCAUUUAUGGGCAUUUCUCUUUUUUGUAAUGCUUUAUUUAUUGGGAAUGGACAGCUGUUUUGUUCAAAUUGAAGCAAUUAUCUCAAGUGUAACAGAUGAAUUUAUUAUUCUUCGGAAGCACAAGAGGCUAGUUACUUUCUGCUCAUGUUGUGCAAUGUUCCUCGGGUCUCUUUCAUGUGUCACCAAUGGUGGCAUGUACAUGCUACAGUUAUUAGAUUGGUACAGUGCAUCCAUUUCAGUUAUCCUGAUAUGCAUUGUUGAAGUUGUCAUAGUGGGUUGGAUAUAUGGUUGUGAAAAUUUUGUCAGAGAUGUUGAGUUUAUGAUUGGAAAGAAGGUUUCGCUAUGGUGGAAAUUAUGCUGGAAAUACAUUACACCAAUAAUUUUAACGUUCAUCUUCAUAACCUCAAUUGCUUUUAAUACUCCUGUUUCCUACAAUAAUAUUCAAUAUCCAAAAUGGGCAAUUUCUCUGGGAUGGAUGUCAGCAGCUGCAUCUAUGGUGUGGAUUCCAAUUUACAUUUUAUACAAGAUUAAAAUUACACCUGGGACAUGGAGAAAGAAAUUAUUAUCAAACUUACAACCUACUGAAGAAUGGGGACCUGAAUCACCUGAAAAUAGAAGAGAAUGGGAACUCCAAAAAUCCAAGAAAAAUACCAGUUAAUGAGAUCUUUUGGACACUUUUUCUUCUUUUCUUUGUUUCUUUCUUUCAUUUGUUUACACAUGAAUUCAGUUUCGUCAUUUUCUACAAGUAUGUUUUCAAAGAAUGUGUUGUAAAUAUUAUAUAUUGUUUGUAUAUUUAUAUUGUAUAAAUAAAACACUGU